GACACUAAAGGCGAUUAGACGGACACGCAUAGUGUGUUCAAAAGAUGGCAUCAGCAUAUAUACACAUGUAAUGUGUUGAGGGAAUGAGCCGCCAACAGUGGUCAGAACUUUUGAAAUAGUAGUUAAAAGAGAUUACGAUGUCACAAUCAAGGGGCACGAGUUCCAAGAAUAAAUCUUCUGCACCUCCAUCAAAGAGGGUAUCCUCGUUUCAGAUCACAAACAACACACCUGGACAGCUGCCAGUCCUUGGUAAAAGUACUGGAAAAAAUGGCCCAAGGAGUUCCAAAGGAAGCUCAGCCGCUAAGCAGGUGAAGGAAGAGGUCAGGACGAAGCCAGCUGGGCCAAAUGACAAGCAGCCCAAGCCCCAGUAUGAUGAGGCCAUGGAGAAGAAGUUUGAUGCGAUGCUAGAGGGGGACAUGUCAGACCUCCUGCCCCUCCCUCGCUCCAUCGUCCGCAUCUUCAUCAGCUCCACAUUCUCAGACAUGCGAGCUGAACGUAAUGCACUGUCACGUGACGUCUCACCCAUACUACGGUCAUUCUGCUCAAGCCUUGACCUUGACCUUCAGUUGGUUGACCUUCGGUGGGGCCUGACAGAGGAUACACAGAACGACCACUCGGCUGAACGCCUGUGCCUACAGGAAGUGAAGAACUGUCAGAAUGUGUCGCUAGGACCAAACUUCAUUAGUAUACUGAGUGAGAGGUAUGGUUUUCGGCCUCUACCUACGGAGGUACUGUGUCCAGAGUUUGAGAUGCUGCGAUCAAUAGCAUCACGUCAGGGACUGGAUGUUGCCCUGUUAGACGCCUGGUACAAGAGGGAUGACAAUGCUAUUCCACCUGAGUUUGUGUUACAGCCAAUCAGGUCCCAGUUCCCACAUUUUGGAGACUACAGCCAAGGAAGUGAGGAUCUACGACAACGUGCCAUGGAAUCGUGGCAAACUGCUUUCACAUCGAUGUUGUCCAUUGUCCGUGAAGCAGCCAGACUACUGCAUGAAGAGGGGAAGCUGUCUGAGGAACAGAGGCACAUGUACUUUAAGUCAGUAACUGAAUUCGAAACUGCUAAAGGAAUAUUUGAGGCUCCCAAGCCAAGCUCCCAUUGUCUUCUGUAUCGGCGGAAACUGACCGGGCUAACUGAUGAACAUUUGGAGGACAAGGAUGCUCACAGAUACAUCAGUAUCACUGAUUCCCAGGGAAAGAAAACAGUUGACAAGAAUAUAGCUGCUUUACAGAAGGCCUCCAUAUCAAAGAUUGUGAACAUUCUGGGACCACAGAACUGCAAAACAUUCAAUGUUCCCUGGAAAAGCGGAGGUGUAGACCCUGUAGGCAAUCCUGAACACAGGUCUUACAUCAAGGAUUUCAGCCUCAAACUUACGCAGGAUGUGACAAAUAUGAUCAUGCUUGCCAAGAAAGAGCGAUCGUCACACAUCCGACAGAGGGAGUACUACUGUGGCUUGGAUGAAACUCUUCACCAUCUUCAUUUCUGUAAGUCCAAGUGUGAGACCUUCUGUGGGCAGGAGGACAUCCUCCAGAAGGUUAAAGAUCACAUUUUGUCAGGUCAAUCUCGACAGCCUCUAACCAUUUGGGCAGAGUCUGGUGCUGGCAAAACAUCAGUCAUGGCAAUGGUUAUGAAAAAGCUGAAAUCUUGGAUCAAAGGAGAGUAUAUUGGAAUGAUUCGGUUCCUGGGAACAUCACCUUCUACACUCAACAUCUAUGAUGUGCUAUUUGAUGUUUGUGGGCAGAUUGCAGACUGUACAAAUACAAUCAUGGAGCCGUUGUGCUACAAAACAAUGGCCAGUCUUAUUGAAUAUAUUCCAAGGUUUCUCCGUAGCAUAUCUUCCACAUUCAAAGAUCCAAUCAUCAUACUCCUUGAUUCUAUUGACCAGCUAUCGAGUGAGAAUGAUGCCUACAGCAUGUCAUGGCUUCCGACCACCUUGCCCUCAAAUGUUCAUCUCAUCCUCUCAACCCUACCAACAGAACAUAGCAUCUUGCCCAACAUCAAGAAGAGACUGCCAGAAUCGGCCAUUUACAUGGCAGUUCCAAUACUUCCAGAAUCCACUGGCAAGAAGAUCAUUGACAAGAAUCUGAAACUAAGGCACCGCAGAAUAACUGAUGACCAAGUUCAGUUCAUCAUUGAGACCUUCUCCUAUGCUCCUAGCCCUCUGUACCUGAAGCUUCUCCUUGAUGAAGCCGUGAAAUGGUCCUCCUUCACCCCUGUCAGUGACUUGAAACUUGCAGGAUCAAUCAGGGCUGCCAUAAAUGUUCUAUUUGACAGACUUGAACAAAAGUUUGGGGAGAUUUUGAUACGCAAUGCUCUUGGUUACAUUACAGUUGGACUCAAUGGAUUAUCCGAGAUAGAGCUUGAAGAUGCUUUGUCUUGUGACAAUGAAGUUCUAGACGAAGUGUACAGGUUUCAUGACCCUCCAGUUCCUGGUAUGGUGAGGAUUCCUCCAGUCCUCUGGGCAAGGAUCCGCUAUGACAUCAAGGAGUACCUUGUGGAGAGGAUGUCUCAGAACAAGAUAACAAUGUACUGGUAUCACAGGCAGUUCAUCAUGUCAGCUUUGGUUCGAUAUGUUCCAGACAAGUUCCUUGAGAAGCUCCACUUGACAUUGCUUCAGAUAUACCUGGCAGAAACAGGAGUCAAGAAGAACAUUUACUUGUCACAAAGAAAGAAAGACUUCAAGGAUGCAGAUAGACAAGUCACUCCACAGCCAACCAGUGUCACAAAUCUCCGGAAGUUGAAAUGUGUAACACAUCAUCUGAACAAUGCAGCAAGAGCAGUUGAUGAAGAAACAUUCAAAGGCUUAGUAUAUUGCAAUAUCCACUUCCUCAGCACCAAGAUCACUGCCUGCUCUACUGGAGAGGUUGUCAAGGAUAUGAACACUUUCCUUAAAAUAAGAAAUGACAAAGAAGUUGAAACUCUAAAGACAUUUCUUGAAUCAAGCAAGAACAAACUGAAAAACCCAUUGGUACUUGCAAGAAGUAUUUUGGUGUACCUGAGACCUGAGAAGGAUUCCAUCUACCUGAAAAAGCUUGUGAAGGAUGCUAACAAUCUCCUAGAAUCAAGUAAGAAGACUCUCCUGAUUCCCACAUUUCCUUGUCUGGCCAGCAGGACACCAGGUGUUGUGACCAACACACUCCUGGAUGACCACCAGUACAGGUGCUUUGCUGUCGGCAGUGAAAGUAAUCAGAUCUUCACAGCAGGAGGGAAUGGCAAAGUUGAAGUAUGGUCAGUGAAAUCAGGACAUUUGGUCAAGUCAUAUGAUGUGGGUUUCGCUGCAGAUGAGCUUCAUCUUGCUGGCAGUGGUAUUGCCUUGUUGUACAACAAGGACAUGAAAGCUCUGAAAGCAAUCAGAUCAGAUUCAGGAGAAUCUGUUUUGGAGGAUAUCAUUCCGAAAAAUGUUCUUUCAUUGACUCUCUGUAGUGACAAGCUGACACUGUAUGUUUUGGCUCAAGACAAAAAGGUUUCUUUGCAUCAGUUGGAUCUGAAGCAGGGCUUUGCUAAACAGACAAUCCUUCAAAAGAUGUUUGACUUCAUCAGUUUGGAGACAGUCCUGAGUGCCUCAGAACGGUAUCUAAUUAUCAUGGCUGAGUGUACACCAGAAGACUACCAAUCAAUCAAAGAAUCCUGGAAGAAGUCAGGUGCGUUUGCUUCACAACCUCAUCCAUACCGCUUUGCAGCAGUGGACUUAAGCCAAGGAACUGGCAACCUGCAACAUUGCCUGAGGAAUCUGUCGAAGAUCCCCACCCUUGGAGAGACAAUUUCAGCUUACAGGGGCAACACAAUGCUGAUCGCAGCACGUCGUCAUGGAAUAUUUUGGGACAUUCCAACAGGAAAAUGUGAUCAGCAGAUGUCUAAAGGGAAGAAGUUGGUCAUGGUGUACAGACCCGAUUGGACUGGUGACAGCCAGUGCAAAGGAGCUAACACCUGCUUUGUGCAUCCUCCAAAACAACAGUUUCUGGCUGUGGGGUCUGAAGAUGGCUACCUCAUCAUCUACGGCUUUGAGUCUGGACUUCCUGUUGGGAUGAAAGCCCCACCAACAAAGCAUAACAAAGAGGUUGUCAGUGCAGCAGUGAGCCCUAAUGCCAAGGUAGUGGCAUCGGUCUGCCAAGAGGGAGUGGUCAAGCUGUGGAAUCCCGGCACCGGCCUGGAGGUGGUUAGUCUGCAAAUUGGCGGAGAGGUCAGACAGCUGACCUUCACACCAGAUUCCAAAUACCUCCUCGCUCUCCUCAUUGGGGAAUCUUCAAGGAUGCUUGUCUUUCAAGGGCUGUGGAAUCUCAUUAUCAAGACUGUUUAUUCUCUGGUGUUGAUGUUGCUGGGUUAUUUUGACUGUUGAGCAGCUCAGUCAAGUUGUGUGCAACAGACUGACAAUCACUUCACAACACAUUAUGACAGUUGGCAAUAUGAAAAUGCCGUCCAUUACAUCAUUCAGUGAUUUCAGUUUGUUUGCUGAGGGUUGGUCAUCAGAUGCCAUGGAUAAACAGAAAUUACCACCAUCCAGCGCCAGACGCAAAUCAGACAUUUAUGACCUUUGCUCAAGGAGACGAAUUCUGUGCAACAGACUGAAGAAUUUGCAGAGGAGAAGACUUGCCUCAAAGCAUAAAGAUAACGCCUUGAAAAGGCAACAGUAUCAACUGCAACAAAAGUUGUUGAAGAUAAUGUCUGAAGACACAGAAAACGAAGAGACAACAGCUGUGCAGCCACUGGCUCUUAAUCCUGAUUUCUCUCUUGCUGCAGACCUAGGGGGAAGGCACUGGUGCCCUACACCUGCCACAGGUUCGUCUUCAAUUUGGGCAGAAUGGCUGGAUGAUGGCUAUAUGUUAGCACCUGGUCGUGACGAUAAUCAGGAGGACGCCCCUUGCCCAUUUGAGGAGAAAGUGCCAAAUAUACGUCCCCCUGUAGAGAGCUGCUUCAAAUCCCAUGGACGAAAUACCAACGUAGUUACUGUGCUAUCCACUGAAACCUCUACUGACGACCUCACGUUACUUCAAAUGGAAGAUACAUCUCCACAUAAGGUUCAAAGUCGACGAAAAUCAUUGUCCAAUGACAUCAAGUGUUUCAUAAGAAACAGAGUAAGAUGUUGUUGCCGUUGUUGAUAUAUAACCGUUACAUGUACAUUGUUUUGUGAACUUGAUUGUUAUACUUGUUGUUUUCUGAACAAUCUAAUUAUUUGUCUUGUUUGUACCAAGAAUAAAUGCACUGGAAAUU